AUGGUCACUUCCUCAUUCUCUCAUUCAUUCCCACUUGUUUUGGUUCGUCAUCAAGUCUCUCUUCUCGUGAGUUUUUUCAUUUCUCGCCAUCACUUUUAAUUGCUCUCGUUUUUCAGGCAAACGGAAUGUCUGAAAAGCCGACGAAAGCGCGAGACGGCAAGAACUCUUCGAAUACGGAAAAAGAGAAGGAAGCGACGAUGCGGGAGACGAGAAAACGACGGACCCUUCAUGAUCUGAACAAGACGGCGAAGGUGAUGGAUUCGUUGGGUGCCGACGACGACGGCACCUUGGAGCAAUCGGACACCGAGGACGAGCCGUUCUCGAUGGUCAAGAUGUCGCGCUUCGAGUGGAAGACCAAUCAUUACGGAGGGCGGAAGACGACGGAGAGGAGAAAACCGAAGGGAAGAUUCAGCAAGGAGACCCAUUUCCCGUGGUUGGCCGGAGCUGAGGGACCGUCCGAAAUCGCCGACUCGCAAACGGGAUCCCCGAAGGAAUCCGUCCCUCGGCCGGAAAAAGAAGCGUUCUUGCUGGAAUUCUUGGCUUCUAAUGAACCAAUUGUCGCCGAAGCCGCCAAAGAACCCGAAGGGCCCAAAAACGAUAUAAUCCAUCUGGAAGAUGACGAUGACGAUGAUGUUAUUGUGCUCACACCACCGCCGGUUUCUGGAACCCGAAAGUCUGCUCCAAAAGAAGGGACCAAGGAUCCUUCGAACGGAAAAAGUGACGGUAUGAUAGUGAAAAAAGAGCCAAAUGAAAUUGAGGCGCCACCAAUGACGAUCGAGAAGGGACCAGUGCCGGUCCCGGUGCGUCGACACAUGAAAGUGAAGGUUGAAGUGAAGAAAGAAGUGGAAGAGGAACCACAAGUGCCAAAGGAGCAAAGGAACCGCAAGGAACCGGAAGUGCCGCAGGUCCCGUUGGCUGCCAACCCCCCGAUCAAAGUGGUCCCGCCAGUUCAGGCGCCGGCCCCCAAAGUCCACUCGUUCACUGGCGAACAGCUCGCCGAGUACCAUUCGACGUAUAUGAAGACGAUCAAAGAGCUCGAGACGCGAGUGGACAUGCUGGGCGCCUAUUUGAUCAUGAAGGGCGGCGACCAGGCGGUGAACUCUCUGCUCACCGUCCACACCAACGGACUUCCGCUCGAGAGAUUCGCCAAGCGAGAAUGA